AUGCAGAACGAGAUGGCAUCUCCAGUGGUCAAGAUUCCUCCUCUGAUCUGUAUAUUUUAUGCGGAAUUUGAUGCCAAGGUCGGGCCAAAAAUCGUCUACCAAGUGCCUGCCGACAAAGAGAUCAUCAGCAAGGAAGUCUUCGACAGCGUGUCGUCGUUCAUCAUCACCAAACCAGAGCUGCUCAACAAACUGGUCAAGAUCAACCUGCCUGAGCUGAAGAUCAUGGGCUAUCCGAUCGCAAUCGAGGGCAACAAGUAUGAGCGGAACGCGUUGUACUUCAACGUGUGCUUCGUGGUCGAGAACGUAUCCAAGAACUUGGAGACAUUCGAGCGCGAGUGUGACUUCCUGUCCGACGACUCGUGCCGCGGCCAGCUGGUCACCAUCUUGACCAACAUCUUCGACAGCAUCAAUGCGAAAGGUCAGUGCUCGAUCGAGAUCAACGAUAAAUGUGCCAUUCAUCUGAAGUUGCCGCACUUUGCCGAUCUGCCAGCUCGAGUGUCGCCAUGCGACAUGCCAGUGCUGUGCAAACCGGUAUCCGAAGAGGACCGUCGUCUGCUGGACGUCGUGUCACAAAAGAUCAUCCCUCAUAUCACCGGCUUCAACGAUGUUGCGAAUAUCGGCGACACGGUACAGGUGGACAUCGCGAUCGUCGAGCGCUGCAUUACCAACCUCGAGUACCACGGCUUGGUCCGACUGCUGCCACUGUUCCAGUACCGCAACUUCUACCGCGUCACGCCGAAGAUCCGACACCUGUACCAGGACCGUCAACUUCAGGCCGAAUUCUGCCGCGUCGUCGCCUUUUGCCCCUCCGCCAAGCCGCCCCUGUUCCGCGACAUCUUUCGACUGUUGUGCAGCAUCCAACCAACCAUCGCCAUCAAGGACUGGUGCCCUCGCGAGUUGCCUCGCGACUACAAUGUCGAUGAGCGCAAGUUGGUCCAAUUCGCUGUCUUCCAUGGCAUUCUAUGGAAACUAACCGGACGCCCGUUUUUGGUUCCAGCCGCCGUGUCGGAUACCGGCGCUGCCAUCGCAAACGACAAACAACCGAUCACUUCUGGCAAACCGUUUGUUUUGGAUGGCAGCGUGUCGGUCGAAGAGAUUUCUUUUCGUAUGGGUUGCACUAUAGCGCAGGUAGAAAAAGAAAUCGAAAGGAAUGAAAACGUGCUCGUUUUAUGGAAUUGA